AUGGAUGCAAAAAAAUCUAUUAGCUUGAAGGCACUGGUGGACAAGAAGAGAAACAAAGUUGUACUGGUGGAAUCUGGUAAAGAUUUUGUUGAUGUUCUCUUCAGUUUUUUGACAAUGCCCAUGGGAACAAUAAUCAGGCUCAUCAGUAAUGGACCACCAACAGUUGGGAUUGGUUGCAUGAACAACUUAUAUGAAAGUGUUGAAAAUCUUGGUGCAAUGAUUUUCCGUAAUGAAACAUGCAAGAAAAUGUUGCUUCGCCCUCAAAAUGCGGCUGCAACGUAUUUUAACAUGUUUUAUCCCCGAUGUGGAAGCGUAUUUGUAAAAGGAACGACCUGCUUUAUAGUUACUGAUAAAUUACAAGUGAUGCCUGCAUCAACUGCAGUAACCGUUUCACUUCUUACCAAGGAUGGUGUCAAAGAUGCCAGCGCCAUUGAGGAGAUGACUUUUGACAUUGGAGAGAAUGAGGUUUUGAACUUGCUCAGGUGCUUAUUAGUGUCAAAGACACCUUUGACUGAUACUUUUCUGCAGGAUAAAAUAGUGUCUGCAAUCAAAGAAGAUUUUAAAAGUGGCUUAAUUAGAGCGAAAAAAGAAGAAUAUGAAUCAAAAGGGAUUAAAAAGAUUGAUGUCAGGCUUUUACUUAGCAAAUCUAAAAACAUGUUAUGUUAUGCAGAGGCUAGUGAUGAUUUUGUUGAUUUAGUCUUCAGCUUUCUUACCAUUCCUCUUGGAUGUUUUGCAAAAGAAGUGCAUGGUAGCGAUUGUUCGAUAGGUUGUGUAAAUAAUUUGUAUAAUAGUGUUCAGCAGCUUGAUUCUGACAAAUACCUGAAGUCAAAUGAGCACAAAGAGUUUCUACUUAGUCCCAAGAUUGCACCUGGUUUUGGAAUUCAGAAUCAGCUGCUACGCUUGGAGGAAGUUGUUAGAGGCCACAAACCUUGUUAUACUUGCAAUGAAAUUUCAUUUUUAUCCUGUCUUUUGAACGUAAUGGAUCCUCAAUCACCCUACAAGAAUUACCUGUGUGAAUAUGAUGGAGGAUUUGUUCUCUGUCCUGGAAUGUUCACAGUUGCUGACAACCUAAUCAUAACUCCCAUAUCCCCGGUUUCUGGAUUGUCUGUUCUGAAAGAAUUGAAGGUACCUUUCAGUGACGUUGAGGAGCAUGUUGUGCAUGUUGGCUACGAAGAGGCUGUGCGUCUGAUGAUAGCUUCUCUUGUAUCUGAAUCUGCCUUAUCUGAUACCUUUGGUAUCCCUAAACAGCCUAAAAAUGUCAAAUCUUUUGAAGGUGAAUAG